AUGGCGAAAAUAACACGUAUCAUCGUUAUUGUCUCCAUUGUAGCAACAAGUGGUUUCGCACAGAGAAAAGCCAAAGACAUGUGUGGUGAUUUUGUGAGUCAGAUAUUUGAGGAGGAAAUAACGGGGGGCAAAAGGACCAAGGAUGAUGAAUUUCCUCAUAUGGCAGCCCUAGGAUUUGGAAGUUUGAAUCGCCCUGUAUGGCUAUGUGGAGGGACUCUGAUAAGCGAUCAGUUUGUAUUAACUGCGGCUCAUUGUACACAUCUACGACAGGUAGGACCUGUAAGAAUCGUACGUCUGGGCACCAAAACUCUGAACCCCAGAAGAGGCCAACGCUACACCGACGUCAGAGUGACUGAAACAAUUAACCACCCGGACUACAAUCCCCCCUCCUCGUACAACGACAUAGCUCUGUUGAAACUUCAGCGAAAGGUGCAGUUUUCCAGGAAUAUCUUACCAGCUUGCUUGAACAACGCAUUCAACGUGAAUCUAGCGACGAAGACCCUUCUAGCGUUGGGUUGGGGAAAGAUGGACUUUGCCGGACCGACCUCGAACGACCUGCUGAAGGCCGAGUUGAGAGUUGUGUCCAACAGGGAGUGCAAAAGGAGUUACAGGGGAUCGUCAAGGAACAAGCUACCGGAAGGAGUGAAGGAAGAGCGACAGCUGUGCGCUGGUGACGAUGUUCAGGACACUUGCCAGGGUGAUUCUGGUGGCCCACUGGAGUACAAGAAUGGAAGAUUUCACUAUAUCGUUGGUAUCACGUCCUUUGGAAAGGCUUGUGGGAUUUCUAAUGACCCAGGAGUAUACACCAGAGUGUCGGCUUUUAUCCCUUGGAUUGAGUCAGAAGUUUGGCCUUAAUUACAUUUAUACGUUUAUUGC